AUGAGGAUCACUCGACUGCUUCUCGUCUCUCUGCUCCUGGCUCUUCUCCUCGCCACCAGUGCGCUCGGAAAGAAGGACGGGGGUGAAGGCGGUGGCAAUGGGAAGGGCAAGGGCGGCGGCAACGGAAAGGGCGGUGGCAAGGGUGGCGGAAAGGGCGGCGGAAACGGCGGCGGCAACGGGAAGGGCGGAAAGGGAGGGGGAUGGAAGGGGCCCAAGAAGGGGAAGCAGAAGAUCGCGGGAGCGGCGUCGGCAACUUUGCGCGGGGAUGAGGUGGUGGACGCUAACGGGAACCCGAUCGGCGACAAAAAACGCCACAGGGGUCAUAGAUCUCGUGCUCGUCCGGUAAGAAGCGCUCUUGACUUCGGAAGUGGGCGAUGGAUAAGAAAGGAAGGGGGGCCCAUGCGCGCUUGA